GCAGCCCCGCACUUCGGCAGUGGUGCUGGGAGCCUCGCGGGCGCGGCGCCGUUACUCACAGUCGGGCGGCGGCAGCGGCACAGCGCUGAGCGCACAUCGCGCCUUAGCAGCAGCAGCAGCAACAGCAGCGGAGGCACCCCCGCCGUUACAGCCCCUGCGCUGGUGCAGCCACCCUCGCUCCCUCUGCUCUUCUUCCCUUCGCUCGCACCAUGGCUGAUCAGCUGACCGAAGAACAGAUUGCUGAGUUCAAGGAAGCUUUCUCCCUAUUUGACAAAGAUGGCGACGGCACCAUCACAACAAAGGAACUGGGAACUGUCAUGAGGUCACUGGGUCAGAACCCAACAGAAGCUGAAUUGCAGGAUAUGAUCAACGAGGUGGAUGCUGACGGUAAUGGCACCAUUGACUUCCCGGAAUUCUUGACUAUGAUGGCUAGAAAAAUGAAAGAUACAGACAGCGAAGAAGAAAUUCGCGAGGCAUUCCGAGUCUUUGACAAGGAUGGCAACGGUUACAUCAGUGCGGCAGAGCUUCGUCAUGUCAUGACCAACUUAGGGGAGAAACUAACAGAUGAAGAAGUAGAUGAAAUGAUCAGAGAAGCAGAUAUUGAUGGAGAUGGGCAAGUCAACUAUGAAGAAUUCGUACAGAUGAUGACUGCAAAAUGAAGGCCUACUUUCAACUCCUUUCCCCCCUUCUAGAAGAAUCAAAUUGAAUCUUUUACUUACCUCUUGCAAAAAAAAAAAAAAGUUCAUUUACUCAUUCUGUUUCUAUAUAGCAAAACUGAAUGUCAAAAGUACCUUCUGUCCACACACACAAAAUCUGCAUGUAUUGGUUGGUGGUCCUGUCCCCUAAAGAUCAAGCUACACAUCAGUUUUACAACAUAAAUACUUGUCCUACCUUAAUGAUAAGGAAGCACCUAGUGGACUCCUCGCAGUUCCAUUUGCUCAUGAUUAAUACACUGGGCUGGCCAGUUUUUCAUGCAUGCAGCUUGACAAUUGAGCACAGUCAGGCAUUUGUAUUAAAAAUGAAAAAUGAAAAAAAUUUAAAACUUCAUAUGGGUUCUAGUUCAAUUUGUUAGUAUAAAUUGUCAUAGCUGGUUUACUGAAAACAAACAUUUUAAAUUGGUUUACCUCAGGAUGCUGUGCAGAGAAAUGGGUGAAGGAUAAGCUGUCUAGACGUAGCCCCACUUAGCAGGACAGCCCUCUCGUACUUCUGGGUGCCCCCACCCUUGGUGACCAUGACACUCAUCUGGGUGGCAUGCCACACAUGUUGGUUUAGCGUUGUCCGCGUUGUCCUGGAGUGACAUGGGUGUCAGGCUGUCACCAUUCACACAAAUUAAAAACAACAACAACAACAAAAAACCUUUACUAAGGGAGCAUCUUUGGACUCUCUGUUUUUAAAACCUCCUGAACUAUGACUUGGAGCCAGCAGAGUAGGCUGGGGCUGUGGACUUCAGCACAGGCAUCAACAUUGCUGAUCAAGGAAUUACAAUUUACGUCCAUUCCAAGUUGUAAAUGCUAGUCUUUUUUUUUUUUUUUUUUUUCCAAUAAAAAAAGACCAUUAACUUAAA